UUGCUCCUAUCUUCCAAAACCUCACCUCACCACAUUGGUCCUCGGCUCUUAUCAGCCCUUUAGGCCUGGGAAGACGUUUCAGGUUUCUAUUUCGCAUAGAAGAAACCGAGGUCUAGGCAGAGGAGGCCACCAGCACCCUAAAGGCACCUGCUGCAGGGAAAUGGAAGAAUUUUCACCCUAGGGGGCACCUCUAGAAGCCCAGGAAUUAGGCAUCUCCUGGAUGUGCAGGCCAAAAUGACAGGUCCUCAGCUGCCUGUUGGAUCUGCCCUGCUUCUGUCUUGCCCUCAAAGUCUUCCGUGGCUCCUUUGGCCUACAGGCCAGAUCCCACGCUGUUCAGCCUGACCGCCUAACCUUGGAUUUGAUCCCUCCCUGGCCUUCCUGUCCUGAAAGCUCUCCCUGUCCAGAACUCUCUUGAGAGGCCUGGUGGAUCAGAGCCAGGCACAAAAUGGAGCCUCAGUGCUCUGGGAAUUAGCCCAGAGGGCAGGGCUUCCUGGAAGAAUGGAGCAGGGCUCCUGACUGCUUCCUGUCCAGGGUUGGGAGAAGGAAAGUGGCAAAUAACCUCAUCCCAGAUUCUGGAGCUGUCUCGGCUUCGCUCCCAUCCUGGGCUCCUGAUUCUCCAGGGGCCAGGACAUUUGGCUUGGAUAAGCCUCAUCUUUCUAGCCCUGCCCCUGACCCCGACCCCUAACAAUUUUCUUGAAUUGAAAUAGGCAGGGGUUUUUUUUGUUUUUGUUUUUUGUUGUUUGUUGUUUUUUUGAGACGGAGUCUCGCUCUGUCCCCCAGGCUGGAGUGCAGUGGCGCAAUCUCAUGAAAUAGGCAUUUUUUAAUGGUCAUUAAGGCAUUAAAGUAGCGUGAGGAAUAGAAAAUAAUAAUCUAAUUCCUCAUCUAUGGCUCCUGUUGAUAAGCUAUUUAUGCUUUAUCCCUGUAGGCUAAGGCAUCAUCUUCAUAAAGACUCCUGGAAAGCACACUUCUGGGGCUGAUGGUAUAGGAGGCGUGUGUUCUGCCAGCAGUAUUCAGUGCAUGUUUACAAAUGCCCAGGUGCUCCUGGCUCCAUGCCAGAUGCACCCCAGAGCUGGCCCUCCUGCCUCUGUCAUGGCCUCAUCAGUUUCCUGGGGUUCUUGCUGCUGUUGGUCACCUUCCCCAUUUCCGGCUGGUUUGCCCUGAAGAUUGUGCCCACCUACGAGCGGAUGAUCGUGUUCCGUCUGGGCCGGAUCCGCACCCCCCAGGGACCUGGCAUGGUUCUGCUCUUGCCCUUCAUUGACUCCUUUCAGAGGGUGGAUCUGAGGACACGAGCCUUCAACGUCCCUCCCUGCAAGCUGGCCUCUAAGGACGGGGCUGUGCUGUCCGUGGGAGCCGAUGUCCAGUUUCGCAUCUGGGACCCGGUGCUGUCGGUGAUGACUGUGAAAGACCUGAACACAGCCACACGCAUGACAGCCCAGAACGCCAUGACCAAGGCCCUGCUCAAGAGGCCGCUGCGGGAGAUCCAGAUGGAGAAGCUCAAGAUCAGCGACCAGCUUCUGCUGGAGAUCAACGAUGUGACCAGGGCCUGGGGGCUGGAGGUAGACCGCGUGGAGCUGGCGGUGGAGGCCGUGCUCCAGCCGCCCCAGGACAGCCCAGCUGGGCCCAACCUGGACAGCACCCUCCAGCACCUGGCCCUGCACUUCCUGGGAGGAAGCAUGAACUCAGUGGCAGGAGGUGCCCCAUCCCUGGGGCCAGCAGACACCGUGGAGAUGGUGAGUGAAGUUGAGCCACCUGCCCCUCAAGUUGGUGCCAGGUCCAGUCCGAAGCAGCCUCUGGCAGAGGGGCUACUGACUGCUCUACAGCCCUUCCUGUCUGAGGCCCUGGUCAGCCAAGUCGGGGCCUGCUACCAGUUCAAUGUCGUCCUGCCCAGCGGCACCCAGAGCACCUACUUCCUGGACCUCACUACAGGACGAGGAAGAGUGGGACACGGGGUGCCUGAUGGCAUCCCUGAUGUGGUGGUGGAGAUGGCUGAGGCAGACCUGCAGGCCCUGCUGUGCAGAGAGCUGCGGCCCCUGGGGGCCUACAUGAGCGGACGGCUGAAGGUGAAGGGCGACCUGGCUAUGGCCAUGAAGCUGGAGGCUGUCCUCAGGGCCCUGAAGUAGCAGCCUUGACUGACUUUCCAGAGCCCGGUCCCAAGCCUGGCACCAAGCCCGAGGGGCCUCUUGGAGGAGGAGGUGUUCAUCUGCACCAUGGAGAGUUGAGGCCCUAACAAGUUUCAGGCCCAGCCAAGAACCCAUGGAUGGAGGCUGGGGGAGGCUGAGUCCGGCUGCAAUGCACGUCUCCCCUACAGUGGUUCUCUGGACAAGUCUUUGUCCAUCCCGGUCCCCAGCUGAGCGCCCAGCGCUGAGCUGGAUGCACGGUGUGAUUCCAGGAGGAGAGCCAGGCCUGCCCUGCCCUGCCCUGCUGGCUUCCUGACUGGAGAGACAGGACCCACAGAAACAGCCUGACAGCAGCUGGUUUGGUCCUUGUGUGAGGGACCAAGCAUGUGGCCCAGGCUCUAAGCUCUGCGGGGAUUGGAGAGGGAUGGGGAGGGAAGGGAAGGCAGCCUCCGAGAAGAGGUCCCUGUGGCGAAGUUACCUGGGGAUCCUGGCUGGCCCACCUUCCUGGCUGCAGUCCAGGCCCGUGCUAGCGGGAUUGGACAUGUGAAGGAGCAGGGCCUGCUGCUUCCUUGGCGCUGCUCCCAAAGAUGUCUGACUCAUCUGCCAGCUCCGUCCUGCAUGCCUGGCUAGCUGGGGCCCAGGGCAGCAUGAAGGAGAGCCCUGCGUUCUGUGCUUCCUACCAGACGUUUGCAAGCCUCAGACAAAUAAAUGUGGUGUUUACAAUGUGUAAAA